UGCUGAGGACAAUAUUGACAAACUCGCAACGCUCUUCUCUGGGGCCUUAACUUGCACGCUUCCCGUCUGAAGCGAUACAUAAAUGCGUAUCUUUUCAAAGGAUUCUGUAAGGGUCAGUGGUCGUUGCUACCCGAACUAAAGGCCUAGAAGAAAAAGAAGAAACUGAAGAACAAUGUUCUCGACUUCAGAACGGGGAAAUUCCGACAGAGAGAUAACGCAGACUGAAUCUCGCCUUCCCUCUCUUCAUUCUUGUCGAUAAUUUAUACAGCUUCGAAGGUGGAACCUGCUCUACUGACAUUCACAAUCGGAUCACCGAACGAAUGAAGCGCGAGGCAGCGGAGAGGCCGAAUCUUCUCGGCUGCGACGAGAUCAACACAAGCGACCGCGGGCUGGCCCAUCCGUCGCUGCACGUCGGGGCACCCGAAUGCCCCGACGUGCAGGAGAGGAAAUCGCCAUCGGGCCUGCCUGCUUCCAUUAUCCGACCCUCGCCCGCGAGCUCUCUUUCUCUUCUUCGUUCGCAGGCGAGCUUACUGAAAGCGAUUCGAGUGUGGAUCGGCAAACCUGACGUGCCGUGUAACAAAAAGUAUUAGCCGCCUAGCCGCUAGCCGAUAAAUAAUGUCACCACUAUCCGAGAACGAAAACAAAUCGUAUAACCAAACCGAAUUUACGUUUUCGUCUGAUUAUUUCCUUAGCAUUGGCCGAAAUUAAGCAUUAUUUAUUUAUUUCGACCGAAUAUUUCGGUAGAUCGCAUAGCCGAUUGCAUCGGCUAGCCGAAAGUUAGCCGGCUACGUGC